CCACGACCACGUAAUAGAAAUCCUUUCACUAACUUAUUCCGGGGGAGGAAAAAGGGAUUCUUCAUUUUUGACACUGAAAUGCAAAUUCUUCCUCUUUUGCAGGUAAUAUCAGUGCAAAUGUGUGACGUGGUGAAUGAGAUUGAGCUGGAGAAAGAACGAUGUGAAAACAGCACCUCUGGGAACGUCACCUCAGGUUGCCAGGGCAUGUGGGACAUCAUCGCCUGCUGGCCUUCAGCCAGAGUUGGAGAGGUGGUGACAAUAACUUGCCCCACGUACUUCAGUUACUUCAGCGACCAACAGAGAGGUAACCUUUCCAAAAACUGCACAGCAAACGGCUGGACAGAGAUGCAUCCCAUUGACAUAGCUGUGAACUGCGGAUACAAUCUCAACAGCACCAGUGAUGAUGGAAAGUUUUUCUGGCAAGUGAAGAUUGGUUACACCAUCGGUCACAGCGUUUCCCUCAUCUCUCUUACCACAGCUAUUGUGAUCCUCUGCAUCUUCAGGAAGCUUCACUGCACAAGGAAUUACAUCCACAUGCAUUUGUUUGUGUCAUUUAUUAUGAAGGCCAUUGCUGUGUUCAUCAAGGAUGUCGUUCUCUAUGAGGUCGGGGAGGUGGACAACUGCUCCUCAGGCUCUGUUGGCUGCAAAGCAGUGAUUGUGUUCUUCCAGUAUUGUAUAAUGGCCAGUUUCUUCUGGCUGCUGGUGGAGGGCCUUUAUCUUCAUGCGCUGCUGGCCGUUUCCUUCUUCUCCGAGAGGAAGUACUUCUGGGCUUAUAUUCUGAUUGGCUGGGGAGGUCCAACAAUUUUCAUCACAGCUUGGGGCAUCGCAAAAGCUUAUUAUAACGAUGUGGGUUGUUGGGACAUAAUUGAGACCACUGAUGUGUCUUGGUGGAUCAUUAAAACCCCAAUUUUGGCAUCAAUUCUGAUGAACUUUAUUCUGUUCAUCUGCAUCAUUCGAAUUCUUCGCCAGAAGAUUAACUGCCCAGAUAUUGGAAGAAAUGAGUCCAACCAGUAUUUGAGGCUGGCAAAAUCCACACUGCUUUUGAUUCCACUGUUUGGGAUCAAUUUCAUAGUUUUUGCAUUCAUCCCAGAGCAAGUGAAGACUGAGCCACGGCUGGUUUUUGACUUGAUUCUGGGAUCGUUUCAGGGUUUUGGGGUUGCUGUCCUUUACUGUUUCCUCAAUGGUGAGGUCCAAGGAGAAAUCAAACGGAAGUGGCGUAGGUGGCACUUGCAGAGAUACAUGGGCUCAGACACCAAAUACCAACACCCGUCUAUUGGCAGCAGCAACAACUUCAGCACGCAGAUCACCAUGUUGACGCGAUGCAGCCCCAAAACCCGGCGGGGUUCGUCCUCCUGUCAAGAUGACCUGUCUUGCAUAUGACUCAAAAAAGCAUGAAAUGCUCUCACGACAAAUAUUUGAUACACAUGUGAUGCAUAUGGAUGAUCUCGAAUGGAAAAAAACCCCACUCCAUUAGCCCGCUUGAUUGUGGUGUAGAUAAAAGAAGAUGAAGCAUCUUCUAUGCAACUCUUGAGCUCAGAGCCUCUUUGGAAAAACAAGUUUAAAUGACAAAGAUACACCUGCAUCACUUCACAAGCACAGCUUUUCCACAUUUGAAUAGCUAUUCCAUUUUUCCCUUCAUAUGUUCUUUGUAUUUCAUAUUCAGAGCUCAUUAGGCAAAUUUGUGAGCCGUAUAAUUACAGAUAAUUUGUUCAAUUGUUAUUAAGUUCCCCAUCUGCUCAGAUGUGGGGCAAAGUGACAUGUCACAUAUUAAUAUGUUAAGAGAGGGAUCCAAAUGUGAAGUGCACCAUCAGACUCGCAACCCAAUGCAAUUAUAAACUGAUUAAAAAAAAUCACUGAACAUCUAAACGAGCAAGACUGAUGUGGAAGCACAGCAAGAAGAAAAUGAGAUAAGGUUUCAGCUGGAAAUCUCAAGAUACGUUCUGAAAGUGUGCAGCUACACACACGUUGAGUGGAUUAAUAAAGAGAAGCAGGUGCUUCCACUCAAUGUGAGAACUGACAAAAGAAUUGCUGUAAAGUUUUUAAAAAACAGUGUGAAAUAUUUAGCUUUCCUCACUCUGAAGACGGCAGAAAAAAAAGAUAAAGGAAAAAAAAAACGAGUGGUGCAGGAUUUGCAUAGAGCGUGAUGCUGAUUUAAAGUGAUGGGUCCGGAGCACAGCUGCCCUUCUCCGCUACCACGGGAGACUGAUUACCCUUUGCCUUUACUUCUGUCAGCACAGCGCAUUGGAUGCUGUCUUCUGAGCGGGCUCUGCUUUGGAAUCGUUUGUGGGCCUAUCACCUGAUGAGUGCCUGGAGUCAGUAUUCAAGUGACACUUUUCAAUUUCAUCUUCACCAGCUGUUGGGCUGCACAGCAAUUCUGGAGAGGAAAUGCCUUUACACAAUGCAGUCCUUCGAUGUUUACAUUUGCUCGAGAGGUCUCAUAAAAUGUUGUACAGACAAGUGUAUAGUGUACAGAAAAUAGAUUAGGUCCUAUGAACUGUGUGCCAUAUGGAGAGCAUUGUAGCUGCAGUGUCAGUAAUCAGUCACUCUUUGUUAUUGCAUCAUGUGUGAUUCACAGCCUCGCUACAGAAACUAAAUCCUCUUGUACGUAAGCUUGUAAGCUUGUUGGUGAAGCGGUUUGUGGUUUGUUGUGAGGAACAACAGCUGUGUAGACGCCCAGGCAUUGAACAGCCCUCCGAUUUAUAAUUUAGAGGACCAAUACUCGCACUUGGAAGCAUCCGGUGGACUGACAUAAGUUUGAACUCCUAAACUUGCCAUAUGAAUAAUUUAUCUUGAUAUCUCCACUGACUUGUCAAGUUUGAACUUUUCUAUUGGAGGAGUUUGAAACUGACAAGUCAGUGGAGAGUGUUGGAGCCUGAUUGUAAAGCAAAGCAAGGUGACAGGGAUGACUGGUCCCGUCACAUCAAGACUUUCAUUGUGCUUCUCAGUUCAGCCGGGUUAGGCCUGAAAGUCACCCACAUGUUCAUGCCAGAGGAAACAACCAGAGGGUUCAGCUUCCUUUGAAAACAAAAGCUAUAUGUACUUCAAACCAAAAGACUGUGUAAGACAAAUAAAGAUCAAAGAAAAACUCAUGCCAUGAAAUUCUAAAGAGCAGAGUAACAUAUUUUGGUGGUGCCAGAAGCAAAAGAGAGGCAGGAUGCCUCUUUUGUGCUCAUAGCACAAACUAUGAAGUCACUGUUCAGCAAAGCCAUUUCUACCACAUUUUUAUUUGAAUCCGAGGCUGACAAAUAAGGAUUUCAUAUUUGUUUUGUACUGAUUAUUCAAAGGUUUCAGGAAACUACAAAACAGUAUAGUACUGCAAAGGAUAUUAAACUAUGAACAAGGAAAGAGAAGAAUACUGGCAAAUAACGUUGUUUUCAAAAAAGUUAUUCAAAAAUAUAUAUGUGUGUGUUCUAGUAGUCAUUAAAAUCUGGAUUUGAUGAUAUUGUUUGUGGUGAAAAUCAACAACCUCAUCGAUUUUCUUACAUGCAUGUAAAUGCGGUUCCUGCAUCUAUGUCCUUCAGCAGUGGAAAUAUGAUUCUCCCAGAGUAGAAUGUAAGGUCAGCACUUUUUUGUACGCCAAAGUAACCACGUUAUGUUCCUAUUAGCUGCCAUGAUAAUGAAGCCAGGUGAACAGAGUCAUCUUACCAAUGGAACCCUCUUAUUUCCAAGGACUUUCUUCGAAUGUUCCUUAUAUUGCUUUGAUAGAUUAAAGGAUUAGCUUUCCCAGAUCUAUCUCUGGUAUUUACUCAAGACCUGAAAUGGCUUAGAUGAGCAAGAAGCUUCUGCUACUUCACACUUUUCACAGACAUGCAAUCGAUCGUCACAUUGGACUCUGAAUAAAAAAAUUAAUCUGUGUAAUUCUACAACAUUCAGCUAUUUCCUGAAGAAAUUUACUGUUUAGUGCCUGUCAUCUGUUGUGGGUUAUAUUUAAUGUGGUGUUGUGAACAUGAUGAUAUACAAUAAUUAAGUACAAUAAUGAAUGUAAAUAAAUAGAUUUUUAAAUAGUACAAAGGCAAUUCUUGUCACUCAUGUUGCUCAGUUUAAUCUUUUAAUUAUUUGGCAUGGAAGCAUCACAAAAUAUCAUUUAAGGUGCAUUUACAAUGGGAUUGUGAAUCAGUAAACUAUGUGCACUUGAAAUGAAUAUCAAAUAAUAUUUAAUUAUAUGUGAUAUGGAUUUGUGUACGUUCCUGCAAAGUGAAUGUUGUCUUGUGUAUGUGAGGUUUAAGUUGGUGUAAUACUUGUAACACUGGUGCAAUACAAACCAUUUUGAAGCUGCACAUGUACUGUACAUAUAUUUGCUAAAGGUCACAGUUGUGUAAACAUUAAUCCACUUUUUGUCUUUUGACUAACUUUUUUUUUAUGCCUAAUAUAUAAAAAUAUGUUGCUAUUUUUACGUGUAAGUUAAAUGCAGGGAAUUUGAUCCCCUCCCACAGUGAAAAUAAAGCAGAGAUUAACAAUAAAAGUGGGAGAUUCAGUUUUAAAAAAAAUACAUUUAGCCUUCAUUGACUGCCUUUUGCUGCUUGGCUUUUUUUUUCUUUAUGUCUUCUCAUGCCUGACAUGACUUUGAUCCAGUAAAGUGUUUUUAUUUCACUUGCUAAAUGCUCACUAAAAGCUUCAGACUCGGUUGUUCAUGCAAAUAGGCUCAUCACUGUAAGUAAAAGCAGUCGUAUUUAGUUGCCAGCGCCUCUUUGUGUUCCAUUUCAGACAUAGAUGAUGAUCUGAUCAAAUUGACCUUCUCUCAAGGCACAAGUGCAAAAUUGUUUCAUCUGAUAAGUAUGUGUUGUUUCAUCAGAAAGCAGGGGUAAAAAUGUGUUUUUAGCAGACAUCUGAUUGGGAGC